UGGCAGCUAUGAAAACGUACAUUUUUUUGUUUCACCUGAGUUUGUUUAUAUAAGAUAACAUUACUGUAUAUAUGUGUUAAAAAGCAGAAACUUCAACGAACAUAAAAUCAACAGUAAACUACGUCUAUUAAUCCAACAUGUUAUAUUAUACAUACUGUAUUUGAAAACUUUUCAGCUGUAUGAUUUCAGGACAGACCAUGCAGUCACUCUGUUCGGAACAUCGCGGCUUUUUGGGUGCGGGUAUUACUGUUAGCUUUGCUGCUGCUAGUAACACUAAUAGCAUAUUAGCGCAGACAAAGUGCUGCAUAAGCCAAACUACGUCUUGCUUGGCGGUUAAAGGCGUUUGACGUCCAUUGGGGUGGGAAACGGCGGUUCUACUGCUAAGUCACUACCGAAAAGACUACAAAAGCUGCGCCGGUUAAAAUAUAAGCGUCCCAUCAGGUUUUAAAUAAUAACUUAAUGUAUGGGACAGCUUCUGUGUCCGGACCCGGACUGCGGUUCGCCUGUUAGUAACUUCUGCACUAGAGGAUGUUGCCGUGGUACUUAAGUUAAAUAAAAGUUAACGUCGUGGGUGAAGUGUAGGUGUUAAAGGAUCUUCCCAAUUAAUCCCUUCCGGUUCGUAGCUGGAUUGGCGUGAUGUGGCUAUGUAGGAGAUGUGCAGGUGUGUACAGCUGGAGGAGAAUGCGAUGGAAACAGCGAGCUACUUCUUACCAAACAAUCUUCACCUCAUGGAAGGAUUUGAAACAGAGGCAUUUCUCAAGUAUGGACAUGAAGAGAACCUGGCCUUUAGAGCCACACUGGCAUCAGAGUCUGGGCAUGGCACUGUGGAGGCCACAGAUGAGGGAGCCCCUUCUGUCCUCAGCCUCUGGGCCCGUACCUGUACUCAGGGCUCUGUGUUUCAGUGCCAGUGUUGCUGCAGACCCCAUUGAGAUACACAAGCAGAGGCUGAAGCUGUGGUUCAGCCAUUUGCCCCAGGAGGAGAAGCAGUUUGGCGGGUACUUCACCCCAGAGACUAUGCACAUAGAUCCACUGAUCCUGGAGAGAAAGCCAGCGGAGAGCAGGGGCAUCGAGAGAUCGCAGAUCCCCCACCACCCCUCGCUGAGUGUGGAGCAGCUCUUUGAUCGCCCACCAGGGCACCCCAGUGAGCGAGGGAUGAACAUUAUGCUUUAUGGGGCUGUAGGAACAGGGAAAAGCACAGUGGUGCGCAAGCUGGUGUUGGACUGGUGUGCUGGUACCGCCCUCUCCCAGUUCAAGCUGCUGGUGCCUUUCUCUUGUGAGGAUCUCUCCCAGUCGAAGAAUCCCACCUCCCUGCGUGACCUGGUAGGCCGUAAGUAUCUGCACCUGCGCCGGACUCCCUUCCUCAGUGGUGAGGCUCAGCAAGCUCAGGAUGUCCUCUUCAUCUUCAAUGGCAUGGAGAGGAUGAGGCUGAACUUCCGCAUCGCCUCCACUGAGCUCUGCAGUGACCCUAAUGAGGCACUUCCCACGGGGACCCUCAUGGUCAACCUUCUGAGAAAGUACCUCUUGCCUGAGGCUACCAUACUGGUCACCACCAGACUAUCCGCGGUGGAGCAUAUCCCCAAGAAGUAUGUGAGCCGCUACAUGCAGAUCUGUGGUUUCAAUGACCCAGAGAGCCAGCGUUCCUACUUCACCAGCCGGCUUCUCCAGCAGGCCACAGAGAAGCUCAAUCCACAGGCUGAGUCACUGAUCGAGCUGCUCUAUCUCAACCUGCAGAAGGAGAGCCAGUUAGCCUUUGCCUGCUACUUGCCGUCCUACUGCUGGCUCACCUGCGCCACCCUGCAUUUUCUGCAUUUCACGGACACCCAGGCACCCAUCCGCACACUCACAGGCAUCUUCACCAGUUUUCUCCGGCUCAACUUCGGUGGGGAGGUGCUGGAGGUGAACGAGGGCAGCAGCAGUGCCAUCGAGCAGAGCUCCCUGAUGCGAUAUGUGGUGCAGACGGUGGGGAAGCUGGCUUUUGAUGGUGUCACCAAAAGACGGACGCGCUUCACCGAGGAGGAGCUGGAGCAAUGGGUGGGUGGCAAGACUAAAACGGACGAGGAACUGCAGCAGUUGUCCGUGUUCCGCAAUGACGUGCUGGACUUCUUUCUGGUGCCCUGUGUGGAGAACACCAAAUUGCUGGAGGCUGGGGAUGUGACCAAACAGCGAUAUGUAUUCGCCAUACCUACUAUGCAGGAGUAUCUUGCUGCCCUCUACAUGGUGCUGGGAGAGAACAAGUCAGCUCUGGAGAGGUUCAGCCGAGACAUGUCCAUGGCUCUGGGACAGGCUGGGGAGGAUCUGCAAAGCCUGGGGAACAUCCUUUCUAAGUUCAUCCCCCUCAGAAUCUUCGCUGUCUUCAACCUACUCCGGCUGGCACCCAAUCUGUAUGAGCGCGUGCUCAACAUGACCAAAGGCCGCAUUGCCCGAACCAUGGCAGCCGAGAUGUUCCGCUCGGAGGAUAGCUUCAAUGAGGAUGUGCUGGACCAGGUGGAGCAGAGCCUGUUGGGCGUGCAGGGUCCACAGCCGAGGCAAGAGCUGGAUAUGAAGUCCUUUGAGCUCUAUCCCAUCUUCAUGGGAGGUCUUCUGCACUAUGGAAACCGAGCACUGCUGGAGCAGUUAGGCUGUCACAUCACCAGCACGGCUGUGGCACAGAUCACGCAUGGCCUCACCCGCCGGCUAGCUCAGCACGGCCAAAAGAAUCUGCCACCCACUGAGCUUAUGGACCUUCUGCUGUUCCUCUAUGAGUUCCAGAACCCACGCCUUACCAGCCAGGUCCUGAGCUCCCUCAAGACCAUCAACCUCUCCACCAUUCGCAUGACACCCAUCAAAUGCUUUAUCUUGAGCUGGGUGCUGACCUGCAGCCCCCGAAGGCUCCUUCUGGAUGAGCUGAACCUGUCCUCCUGCCAUCUCAGGUCCGAGAUGCUGGAGAUGCUGAGAUCAGCCUUCUACUGCACUCAUCAUCUGAAUCUUCAGUUUAACAGCCUGGAUCCAGAGUCCUGUGUUAUUCUGAAGGAUCUGCUUCUUGAUCCAAACUGCGCUAUUAGAUUCCUACAGCUGUGUAACAACCCCCUGCUGGAGUCGGGAGCCCAGCACCUGCUGGAGGGUCUGCAGGGGAACCACUCACUGAAAAGGCUGGACCUCAUGCACACAGGCCUAGAUGACAGUGCAGCCAGGCAGCUUGCAGUGCACCUAAGUGACAUGACGAGCCCCAGAGGCCUAGAGGAGCUCAACGUGGCCUACAACGACAUUGGGGACAGCGCCGCACUGAAGCUGGUGGCGGCAUGCCAGAAGCACCCAACAGUGCAUACCGUGCACCUGUACCUGAACCAGCUGAGUGAGAUGGGGAAGCAGUCCCUGUAUGUGAAUGGCAGUGACGCUGGCGCCACUCGUCGGCCCAAGGUCCUGACCUCCGUGACAGAGGGUGUGGACUUAUCUGAUGCCUGGCCGCGUAUCCUCAGCAUCAUCCGCCAGAACGCCACAUCCUGGGACCGCGGUCGUGUCCGUGAGCAGCUUCUGGACUUUCUCAGGGACCUGGAGUCCAGCCAGCGCCAGCAGCGCAAUUUCCUGAAGAAGUACCACUUCCGUCGUGUGGAAAAGGAAGUGAGGGAGUGCCUGCGCACUUUGGAUGACAGUACCCCCUAAAGGGAAACAGGAAAAGAAAAAAGACAAACUGAGAGGCCUGGUUCCUCUUAGGCGCCCAGGGGAGUGAUUGUAAGAAUGUUGUAAGAACACACCCUAGUUUAUGGUAUAAAGGGCUGGUGUAUACUCAACAUGUGCAACACAUACGCUUGUGCACCAUGGCUGCCACACGUUUCUUGCGGUCAUUCUUGUGUCAUUUGUGUAGCUACUUGUACGUAACAUGCAGUACCAAUUAAAAUCUUGGGCAGUAUGGUCAACUUCUGUUACAGGCCUAUAUGUAUGGUACAGUUAGUUUAGUUUAAAGUAUUAAAGUAGCAUCUGAUUUAUUUAUUUAUUAAGAAUAAGUGGCUGGAAGAUUAUCCAGUACAUGUUUUUUAAAAAAUAGCUUGUUUACCGCUGCUCUUGGAGCCAAUCAUAACCAUCUUUGCUGUUUAAGCCACACACAGGCAGGUUUGUGAGAACCUUAUUCUGAACUCCUUUUCUGGUCUAUGAAUAUUGUAAUAUCGCAAAAAAUCACACGAAAUACUAUAUGACACAAAAUACUAAGUACUAUGAGAUAUCUAACAACAUAUAUCUAACAGUAUAUAAUACAACAUUCAACAUGAGGUAGUGAAGUGAUAUGUGGCCGAGCGGAGCAGCAAUAUCAUGUGGCAGAGCGGGAACAAUAUAGAGAAUCCUGGAGCAAUAUUGCAGAAUUAACAAUAAUAAUUUGUUGCACUGCCCCCUUGUGGACAUUAUGUCAAUCUGGAGAAUUAAAGUUAACUUGUACAAGUACGAGCAGCAACACUGCUUACAUAGAAGCAGCACAAGUGAGCGCACACGUUGCAAACAUGAAGUAUAAACCAGCCCUUAUUAAACCAUAAUAUAACAAUUAACUAUGACAAAAAAAUAUGAGUUAAAUAAUGAACAAGUGCUGCCCUUUGACAUGACAUCAUUCCUCAAGCGGGAAAGAUGCAUGGAUUUGCAGAUGAUAUUCUCAGCCCGUGCCUUUUGGGUGCGGCUGAUUGGCAUCCUGCCUGCUUGUGCUUCAGAAGCUCCCCACAUCUGUGCAGAUGAUAUUCUCAGCCUAACCCCACAUCUGCACAGAAGAUAUUCUCAGCCUAACCCCACAUCUGCACAGAAGAUAUUCUCAGCCUAACCCCACAUCUGNUCUGCACAGAAGAUAUUCUCAGCCUAACCCCACAUCUGCACAGAAGAUAUUCUCAGCCUAACCCCACAUCUGCACAGAAGAUAUUCUCAGCCUAAACCCACAUCUGCGCAGACGGCCCCUAGGAUGAAGCAGCCAGCUGCCCGUGGACUUGCCAUCACUGACAUUUAUGUGCCUUCUUGAUGUUUCUUCUGAUAAAAAGGAACCUGCCAUUGAAAUUAAGCUUUAUUUGCACAUGUGAGAACAGGUAUGCAUGUCUUACUUUUCUGAUGGAGUCAGCCAUUCAUCCCCUUGGGUGGAGCUUAGGGUCCUGCUCAAGUGCCCAACAGAGAGACAGCUACUCUGCCAUGCACGGGAUUUGAACUGGCAAUUUUCUGAUCUCAGGCAGUGACCUUAUGAGCCACACCCCUCCCAAACUGUUUACAUACAGUAGCCUCAGUAAUAAAGAUAUUAAUUAGGUGGUGUGGCAUUAAGGCAGUUAAGGUAGAAAUGUUUUAUCCUAGGAUUGAGCAAAAAAAUCAAGAUAAGUAGUUCAUAAAAUACAGAUACAGCUGACUAAAUAGAUUUGACUUGACUUGAAUUUUUAGUACAACUGAGUUUUGGGUAAUUUUUUGAUUAUUUAAUUGAGGAGUAAUGUUUCUUUUGUUACUUUGUGCUUCAGGCUGUCUGUGCUCUCACAAUGGUGCUUUGUUUUAACUUGAAUGCAUUUAGGGAGACACUUUUUUCCUGGUCAAUUGAACCUGAAUGUCACAGGAAUAGCUGUAAUAUGUUUUGCCUUUUUAUUUUGAAUGAUUAAUAUAAGUUUUUUAUAGCUCUGCUCCACAAGGUUGUUUUUUUAUUUUCUUUUAAAGCGGUAUAGGGGAUAGAGCUGUGGAACAAUUUUGUGUGAUAUAUUUCUGUUUUAUGACAUUCAAAUGCUCAUUGGUGUGAUGGAUCAGUUUUAGUACUCUUGGAUUAAAGUCUUCAGAGAGCAAGGUUAAACAGGACCAUGUUACUUUUGUGUCCUUAAAGUUCAAGGGCAAUUCAGUGUUCAGGUUGUUACUCUCCUUGUUGGCCACAAGAAUAAUGGAAAGGACAUACAGAUGAUGAACAGGCCUGUUCAACAUGAUUCUGCUUAGGUCAUUUUCUGUUGUCUUCCAGUCCAACCAGAACCUGAUCCAGACCCGUACUGAACAUCAUCUAGACAUGCCCAAACCCAGAGCAUAAUGAUUCAGGAAAAUCUUUUUGACUGAUUUGAUUAUAUCUGUGACUGUUUUGAAAAUCAGGUGACUGAUAAAACACUGGACAAUAGCAGUUGCAGGAGGUCACACUAGAUCUUGGGAUUCUGGAGCUCAGAUUGAUUUCCGUGAGGUUUGUCUUGAUUUUGUAUGUUAAUAAAAACUGUUGUCCAGC